AUGCACGGCAAGGCAUUGGUUCAGGACACUUCACAAGGUGAUAAGCUUGUUCGUUUAACUAGCCAAAGCAAAUCUGAAGAAAUUGUUGAAGCUAUGAAAAAGUUUGGUGCUAAACUGGUUGCCUAUUUGGCAGGUCAAAAUGACAUUACCACUAAAAUCAAUAGUUCUACGGUCGAGGACGAUAAGCACACUGCGAAUUUACAAUUAAUGCGGCAGCCAACUAAUGAACCAUUAAGAAGCGUUUUAUUGGAAUAUGAAUGUCGUGAAAAGAAACUGGAAAUUUUCAAGUCAAUUACAGGCGUUAAAUUGGAAAUGGACGCUUUAACUUUGCAACCAGAAGGAACUAGACGUAUGGAAUUGUUGCAGACCGAAAUACGGCCUAUAUUCACGGUUGAGUGCCAACUUUCCAACGAACUAAUCGACAACGUGCCGCGUUAUGAAAUGUUUCAUAUAAUGCAAUUUGAAUCAGAAAAAUUCCAGAGCUUGACACAGUGCACUCGCUUCGGUCAAGAAGCCCAACGUAACGUUCGGUUGCAAUUUAAUGAUAAUAUCAAUGCCAAUCUUAACAGUAAUGAUGACGAUGGUAGUCAAUUAAAUAUUGGUAGCAUACAUUUUACUGUGUGGUGGCGCGAGCCCGGUACCUGUCGUAAUGAAAUGUUGGGUAUGGGUAAUUUAAAACUAGUUGAUUUGUAUAAUGCUUCACUGCUGGAACAGUGCAAACGCAUCAGUGUACAGCGCCGUGGCAUACAUUUGGCCAGUCUCUACUUUAAAAUCAUUUUACAACGUGACUUGAAUGCCCAACACAAAUUUCAAAUUAUAGACCGUGGGAUUGCUCUACAUAAGCAAAAAAUCGUCGACAGCGAUGAAUCGCCUACUGCUGGUGACAAAGCGGCGUAG